CGGCUCGCAGCCCCGGAGCGCCAGCGCGGGCGAGCGGCGGGGGCCGGCCUGGCGGCGGCCAUGGACCGCUUCGUGUGGACCAGUGGCCUCCUGGAGAUCAACGAGACCCUGGUGAUCCAGCAGCGCGGGGUGCGCAUCUACGACGGCGAGGAGAAGAUAAAAUUUGAUGCUGGGACCCUCCUUCUUAGUACACACCGACUAAUUUGGAGAGAUCAGAAAAAUCAUGAAUGCUGCAUGGCCAUUCUUCUUUCCCAAAUUGUAUUUAUUGAAGAACAGGCAGCUGGAAUUGGGAAAAGUGCCAAAAUAGUGGUUCACCUUCACCCAGCUCCUCCAAACAAAGAACCUGGUCCGUUCCAGAGUAGUAGGAACUCCUACAUCAAACUCUCCUUCAAAGAGCAUGGCCAGAUUGAGUUUUACAGGCGUUUAUCAGAAGAAAUGACCCAGAGAAGAUGGGAGAAUAUGCCAGUUUCCCAGUCAUUACAAACAAAUAGAGGACCCCAGCCAGGAAGAAUAAGAGCUGUAGGAAUUGUAGGUAUUGAAAGGAAACUGGAAGAAAAAAGAAAAGAAACUGACAAAAACAUUUCUGAGGCCUUUGAAGACCUCAGCAAGCUGAUGGUGAAGGCUAGGGAAAUGGUGGAAUUAUCAAAAUCAAUUGCUAAUAAGAUUAAAGACAAGCAAGGUGACAUCACAGAAGAUGAGACCAUCAGGUUUAAAUCCUAUUUGCUGAGCAUGGGAAUAGCUAACCCAGUUACCAGGGAAACCUACGGCUCGGGCACGCAGUACCACAUGCAGCUGGCCAAACAGCUGGCCGGAAUAUUGCAGGCGCCUUUAGAGGAACGAGGAGGAAUAAUGUCACUCACAGAGGUAUACUGUUUAGUAAACCGAGCUCGAGGAAUGGAAUUGCUCUCGCCAGAAGAUUUAGUGAAUGCGUGCAAGAUGCUGGAAGCGCUGAAAUUACCUCUCAGGUAAAAGGUCCUCCGCGGGGCCUUUCUGGCUGUAGUCGCUACUCCUCACAGAGUGGACAGGCAAGCCCUGCCCGGUGCCGUCCUGCAGGGCCAGCCACCAUAUCGCCCCUCUUGAAAUUACAUUCCGUGUGAACAGAAUUCACUGGGCCCACAAGCAUCUCUGUCAUUCUGGCCUCCAUCCUUAGGGCUGGGCGUGGCCUGCGGGUGCUAGUAGUCUGAUGGCUGUGGAUUGAGGGCAGUGAGAGUAGAAUGUAGGCACCUCCCAUGAGGCCAGAGU